AUGAGUCAUGAAAGACAGUCUAACUCAGCGAUCUCCAAUCCCAGCCUAUCUGGUUUGGCGCUAAAUCUAUCUCAGGCAUCAAUACCAACUGGACCAAUUCUUCUUCCAGCGUUUAUUUCUCAUGGAGCUGACGAAUUAUCGUCUUUUAUUGGAGAAAAUCCAGUAAACACAAAGACAUCUAUACCAGAAAGUGAAGAGAAAUCUCUCGACUCUGGAUCAAGUCUUGCAAAAAACGCUCUUAUCUUGGAAGUAUCACCGUCUUCAGCUUGCUCCUUCAAACCGAUCGCUUCCACAACAGUCAAGUUAAAUCAGCGACCUCGUUAUGUUUUACCCCCGGAUAUAAACACUUUUUCGUCUAGCACUCCAACCAGCAUUACCAACAUACCUCUCAAUUCUCCAAUCAAGCCAUCUUCAACUUUUAGACCAAACCAAUUACUUCCUCCAUUUCCCUCAAGUAAUCCACAGAAUAAUAUACAAAAUGCACAACUUCCCGUACUCAUGGAAACAACAGAUCAACAAACACAGUGUCCCAAUCAGAAUAUUGAUCCAACCUCAUCAAUAUCAUCUUCCGUAUUGAUGAGAACCACUUAUCAUCCAAUUGGAGCCCAUUGGUUCUAUUCUACAACUUUCGAAAAUAUAUCCGUUUGGUGGCCAUUUUCACGUCAUGAUUCAUACCAAAUUGAAACUGAGUUUUUCCGAUCAUGUUAUUCACAGUUUACAUCAGAAAAUUCACUAGCUUCUCUCAUUACCAAUACUACAUCGGAUAUGAAAGCAACAAUUGGAACUCGUGAAGUUGUUGUUCAAGUUGAUGGAGGUCGUUACGAUGUUCAUUUAACAAAAAGAGAACGUCGUUCAGUCUACUGGGACGAAUCACCAGGUCAAGUUAGACGGGCCACGUGGUUUUAUAAACCACAAGGUGAAUCACGUGUACUUCCAUUUUCGGAACGGACAUGUGACUUACUGGAAGCUCAAUACAAAUUAAGUGUAGAACAAAGUCAAUGGGGCAAACGUUUUGACUUACCAUCAGAAGAUAAACGUGGUGGUAGUGAUGUGUUUAUUUUUAAUAGCCCACAAUCAAUGAUUCAAUAUUUAGCCUGGCCAUAUGAUUUAUCUUCAACAACGAACUCGGGAAAUGUUGUUGCCGGUACAUCGUCACCAUUUAUUCAUUUAGAUCCAAGUCAAAUAUCCCAAGAAAUGUCUUUAACUGGUCAAUUAUUUGAAGGACGUGUGUGCUACCUACAUCGUGGUCUAAAUGAACAAUUGAUGGAAACAGAUAGACGAGGGAGAUUAUAA